UAACAAAUCUGCACCCAAGAACCUGUAACAUUGUUGUGGAAUACUCCUAAACCUAGUGCCCUUACAUAGCCCCUUCCAUGGAAGCCCGGACACAUAAUCACUGGAACUCUCUCACCCUUGAACGUGAGAUAAAUCAACGUGGACAACUUACAGUUAUUUCCAAAUGAGUGACUUUACAUCCAAAAGGGCAUAAUCUACAGCAACAUGCCAUUGAAAACAGGAUUAUUUCUCAUUCUGUUCUUGUUUACCCUGCAAGCCACCAGAAUCAAAGAUCUCAACGUUGACAACUUCAUUCUCUGGAUCAGAAAUGUGAAGUACAGGCACUUCCUGGAGACUCCAUGGCCCUUCAAACCAUUGACAGAUGGCAGAGUUUCACUUUCUCUAGACAGGCAUAGAGCAAAGAGAUCUGCGCUGUUUAGUACAGGGGUGAAACUGUGUCCUCAGGAGAGAAUGGCAGAGGUCAUCACCAGCCAUAAAGCCUACUACAAACUAAGAGUUUGUCAAGAAGCUGUGUGGGAGGCCUUCCGGAUCUUUCUUGACAGAGUUCCUGACACCAUGGAGUACCAUCAGUGGGUGUAUGCCUGCCAGAGAGACUCACUUUGCAUGGAUGAUUUGGCCCAAAAUUUUAGUAGCACACAGGAGCAUCUUGCCAUGGUAGCCAGUAGAGUGAAUACUCAAGAUGAACAGGAGAGGUCUCUCACACCUGCACCAGGUGAAAAAUGUUCAAAGAGUCCUGCUGAGCUUUUCAUCAUGGAGUCUGACAGUGAAACAGGGGCACCAGAUGUUAUCCCUCAGAGGGUGGCAGAGCACAUUGUGGAGUUCGGCAUGACUGUAGUAGACCCCAGCUACAGUCAAAUUCUGAGUGAUCCAGGCAGCCCUCAAUAUGAAGACAUCACUCGUAGUCUCCAUGAGCAGAUGCAGCAUGUUUUCAACAAACUUCCUGGGUUUAAAGAGAUUCGAGAGUUGGGAUUUCGAGCUGGAGGUUCAACAGCAUGGUAUGCUGUGGUGUUUGAGACUGAUGGAGUGAGGGCCACAGGGGACACAGUGUCAGCUGAUGAAUCUGGCAUGGAGGGAGUCCUAAAGGGCAUGGUGACCAAGGCUCUAAGUGAGGACACAUUUCUACCUGUGGACGUGCUUUCUCUUACUUUCCAGCCAGACUCUCCAACAGCAGAGGAGCAGGGGAACACAAGAUCAAGUACUCAGGAAUCAGAAGAAACAGGAUUUUUACCUGGGGAAAUUAGUACAGAGUCCACAGAAGUCACCUCUGAGGAGACUAUAAAUUCUUCUGGGAGUACUGGCCUCUCUUCUGGAGAUCUAGGCCCUGAUACAACUAAAGUAGGGUUGGGAUCUCCAAGAACCACUACAGUGGAUUACCCAUCAAAGACGUCUGAAGUCCAAGAGGAUGUUGGAAAUGAAAUUGUUGCCACAGCUGCCUCACUAGACUUGGAUUCUUUUGAAGUAGCAAAAAAAUCUACUUCAACUCAGCCAGAAAUGGAUUUUGAUAUGACACCAGGGGCCUAUCCAGCAGAGGCAACAUCAUCAAUCAUGGCAUCCCUAACCCUGACUGAGCGACCUCAAGAAGCUAACUUUCAAGAAGAUUACUCAUUUGGCUACACUGAACCUUUAGAGACCCUUACCGAAGGUCCAUCUUCACACCCUACAAGUCAAAUUGAGAGCCCAGAGUCGCCCGUCACAAUUGACCGCAGUGACCAUGUUGAGUCCCAAUCUGUACCUGACAAUGUAGAGAUACUUCAUCCGAAGGGGUCACCUUCACCCACUCCAGAACCAACUGUCCCUGCAGCAAUUUCUUCAGGUGUAACGGGCGCUGCAGGACCCAUUUCACACGUGACGUCUGACAGUUUCCUGGAUGAAGAGGGACAGCCGCUCUGGACUUCUUCACCUCCACAACGUGAAGGUGUUACAGAAAAUGACACUGACAUAAAAGAGGACUUAGAACAGUCAGACAAAGACACUGAGGACUUUGGGAGUGGAUUACCCUCAGAAAAAGACAAGCACCCACAAUCCUCAGCCACUCUUCUAGGCCAUGUUACGACUCCUUCAGUGAUGGCUUCUAACCAGGCCAAAGAGUUAGUGGUGUUUUUUAGCUUACGUGUGACUAAUAUGAUGUUUUCAGAGGAUCUUUUCAACAAGAGUUCUCCCGAGUACAAAUCGCUGGAAAACACAUUUCUCGAACUGAGACAAUUCUUUGAACCAAGUGACUCGCCAAACCCUGAGUCCUCUAGUCCACAGACUGAAAGAGAACAGAGGAUUUUAGCCUCAAUACCGCUCCUGCCAUAUCUACAGUCCAACCUGACUGGAUUUAAGGAGCUGGAAAUUCUGAACUUCAAGAACGGUAGUGUGGUUGUCAAUAGCAAGAUGAAAUUAGCCAAACCAGUUCCAUACAAUGCUACAGAAACGGUACACUGCUUACUUGAGGACUUCUGCAAUGCUGCGUCUAAGAGACUUGACAUGGAAAUUGACUCUCAAUCAGUGGACGUGGAAGCAGCAGAUCAUGGUGAUCCAUGUAAGUUUUUGGCAUGCAACGAGUUCUCUCGCUGCGUGGUCAACACGCUAACCACAGAGCCCGAGUGUCUCUGUGAUCCAGGCUAUAGUACAAUGGAUGACCUUCCCUGCAUGAGCAUCUGUGACCUACAGCCGGAAUACUGUCUGAACGGAGGCCAGUGUGAAAUCAUACCCAGACAUGGAGCUACCUGCAGAUGUCCUGUAGGUAAAUUCUGGCACUACCAUGGAGAACGUUGCAACGAACUGGUUUCUGUGCCAGCUGACCCUCUCCUUUUCGUAGCCUGCCUGGUGGGGAGCCUCUCUGUGGUUUGUGCUGUGAUAGGCAUCUUGAUUUUCAUUAACAAGAAAUGUAUACGGACCAGAAAGACCUUGACGCUUGUGCGUUCACAAUCUCCAUUCCCAUUUGGUAAUACUAUGAGAAUAAAUCCAGUUUUUGAGAAUGACGAUGGGGUCUUAACACAUGUGUCAAGCAUCCUCUGUCCCAUGAGCUCUGACUCAGGCUCCUUACAACACUCAGACCAAGGCACAUUUCGAUCACUUGAAAGUAUACAGCUUAGUAUUGAGAUCCCCAGACAACUCUACACCAGAAGAUCGGAAAAGUUAGUGUCAGAAAUGGGUGACUUCCAUCAGGGUUUACCACAUAACGAGGCAUGGCAGAUGUCCAGCAGGUCCUCUUGCAGUCUUUUGAGGAGUCCUGAUAGUGAAGGCUUUGAAGUGACUGUUUUAUGAUGUCCAGAAGCUAUUUUUAAGCUAAACAUGGCUCCAAAGCUAUUCAAUGCUUCUAAAGGCAACUAAUCUUUGCGGAUUCUUGUAGACAUUUGGUGAGUGUAUGGCACAACCACUCAACUCAAUGAUCAGCCAUACUCUUCAAAUACAGAACAGUUUGUAACAAACUUAAAUAACUGAUUUUGAUCUGUCCUGAGCCUAUUUGUAAUUGUACCUGCACAAAAGAAAAUAUUAUUUGAGACAUGUAAUAUGUUGGUUGUUUUGAACCCUUGUCAAAGGUGCGUUUCCUCCCUCACAAUGAGGUAUUUAUUUACAAAUGGAUACACUGGGUGGUAUCAUAUAUACAAAAUAAUGGUAACCUCUUUUUAACCUCUUGACUGAAUGUAACGGAAUGUAU